GAAAGAAAUUGUAGCUUUAUCAUUUGGCCUUGAGUAACAUAACAUUGAUGGAGUUACGCGACGACCCGAAUGCGGUCACUGAAUCUUUGUGUCAUGAAUCGGAAAUUUCCUUAUAUAUAUCAAUGAAUCUCUAUCCUCUUCUCACUCCUUCCCUCUCUUAAUGUAAUGAAAUGGUAUCGCUGCUAAAACACAAACACACGACACAACAAUGAAACUGGGAAACCGUUACUUUCAUUAGUACUUUGUUGUGAGAACACCCCAAGAAUGGAGCUGAGCUUGGAUUUGUGUUUGACCUUUGCACCCAGAACCAUUUCUGAGCUUCUUGGCGAGGUUUCUAAGAGCAAAGAAGGGUCUCAGAAAAUGACCAUGCUUGAGGACUACGUCAAAAAGUUGGAAGAUGAGAUGAGGAAGAUCGAGGCCUUCAAACGUGAGCUUCCUCUAUGCAUGAUCCUCGUAAACUAUGCUAUAGCUAGAUUGAAGGAGGAAAUAGAAGGGUGUAUGAGAAUGCAAGAUGAACCCGUGGUUGAAGAAUUGAUGCCACUGAUGAAAACCAAUUUUGAAGGAAAAGGGUCAUUGAACAUGUGGAAGGAAAUUAGUGACAAGAAGAACUGGAUGAGCUCUGCUCAGCUAUGGAGCGUUGAAACCAAAUUGAGAACUGAAGAAGAUAAUUGGUCUGUGCCCGAGAACCCAAUUGAACCACCGAACGAGACCAACAACAAUGGAAGAGCAUUUCUAGCAUUCAGUGGAAACUCAAAGACAGUGAAAAGGGAUGAAAAGGAGGUUUCACAUUUUCCUAAACUUAGUUUGAUGACUCCAGAGUUUGAACAGAAUCAUAGAAAAUCCAAAAGGGGUUGUGGAGGUAGUCAUGAUUCGUCUUUGAUUACAAGCAAGAUUAAGGGUCAACCGCAACAACAACAACAGAAUCCGAGGAAACAAAGGCGAUGCUGGUCACCAGAGCUUCAUCGGCGAUUUGUUGAUGCGCUUCAUCAAUUGGGAGGACCACAAGUGGCCACUCCUAAGCAGAUUAGAGAAUUGAUGCAGGUGGGAGGCUUGACAAAUGAUGAAGUCAAAAGCCAUUUGCAAGAGGUAGCAGUGGUGCAGGAGCAGCGGGCAAGAAGCCCGCAUGAUGAUUAGCUGUAGUAUUUGCUGUAUUUUGCAUUUUGGUGGCCACUGGGCCUAGGCUAGACUUAGGGCAUGAACAUUCUAUAUGCAUGUAGGAUGAGAUUCAUUUUUAUAUUUGUUCAUGUCAUUUUGCCUAAGUCUAGUACAUAUAUCAUUUUGAGGUUUUUUCAUUAUGUUGUAUUUGAAGACUUUGAGUUGUAAAGUGUAAUAUGCAUGUGGAGACAGUAAACUGUACCUGAAUACUUGAUGUAAUAUGUAAGCAUGUAAUAUGAUGGAAGGGCAAUAGGCCUAUUUUAGGAAUAUGAUUAUGCGUAUGUUUAGAAGAUGCAUGCAAUUGGACUUUGAUGAUUGAAACGUAUUAAGUAUUAAUCGAGGAAGAAAUGUGAUAUGUAUUAUAUAUGUAAAAUAAACUGUGAUGGGUUGUAAGUGCCCCAAGGCAUUUUUGGUCCUUGUGUGUGCCACCCACUGAUUAUUAGGUACCAUUUGAGGUCAUAGAUCACUUGUAUAAAUUUGGGAAACGAUGGAAAAACAAAGGAAACUCUAGCGAAAUUUCUAGAAAUUGACAGUUUUUAGGUGAACUUUGGGAGAGCAUAUCUCCUUCCAUAGAGGUCCGAUAGGGACGUUCCAUACACCAUUUUAAAGCUUGAGAUGUCCCCCACAUUGUGCUAAAAUCUGAGAAUUUCCUAGGUUGUACGAAACCCUGUGGAAGAUGUGAACUCGAACUGUCCAGAACGCACCUGUGCAGGGGCUGUUUCUGGCAGUUUUUGGGAAUUUUAUUCCCACUUCUUUUCUUAGUCAAAUUAAGUGUAUGAUAUAUCAAAUUGAAGCUUGAGGUGUCUAGUUUAUGUCAUAAAAAUUUAAGAGUAUUUGAGUGAGUGGUUUCUCUGCAGUAAUUCAUUUAGUGAGGGAUGUUUGGAGCUGUUUUGGGGUUGGCUGGCAGCUUUGCUCGUCCAACUUCAAACGGCGAUAUCCGGAGAAAACGAGAUCAAAAUACCUCGUGUGAUGGUUCAUUAGAAAGGUAAUUAAGUCCCGUAAAAGAUACUAAAUGAUGAGACGAACUCGAAGAAAACUGUGACGAUAUAAAUAAAUAUACCGAACCAUGUUCGGAUAGGCAGAAAACGUAAAAUUGAGAAAUUAACUAAGUGGGUUUAUGGGAACCCCUUAGUGGCUUUUAACAAGUAAAAUAAGUUAGAAGAGUAGUUUAAAUAAGUAUUCCGUAAAGAUUUUACAGCUACAAUCACAACUUUUAUUUAUUACGCUUUUUACGGUUUUAAAUGCUCGCGUAAUAAACGGAAAAAGUUUACUCGUAUUUUUAUAAAUGAAUUGUUGUGAUUGUAACUGCGCUUAAUAUCAUAAUUAAUGUUAACAAUACCGAUGUACAACGGGCUGUUACACUAUACAUCUCGCUGCUCAUGAUCUCAGCAUAAGCAACGAGCUGAGGGGCUUCUGAUCUGGAAUAAUAAUAUAAUAAAUACAAGGCCUACAUUCAAAGCCUUAACCAUGAAGUGAAGACCCCAAGUCAACAAAGGCUGCUACAACAAACUUCACCGCCAAGAUACUUCAUCACCAAGAAACUAUAGCAGAGCCUUAUCACAAUCCAACCACAAGGACCAGUGAAGACAACUCACCGCCUUACCAUUUGCAAAUAAAAAAGUUGCUCAUCUCUCCACAUCCCUCCAUGAAGCUGGUGAUCUCUCUACUAUAAAUAUGAAUGUGUUAACCCAAAGGUACACAUAUUCUUCCAUUGAAGACCCAAGGGUUAAAGCUACUCCAACAUCUUGAGCCAAAUCAUUUAGGGACAUUUGUGUAGAGGAAGAUCACAUGGUCAGCCCAUAUGUAAAUGGUUCUUAUAAGGUGUAUUGGAUUUGUGUGAAAUCCCUCCAAUUUUUUUUUGGUUAAGCUAAAUCCGUCCAAAUUUUUAACACUAACCAUUUUAGUUGGAUUUUAAGUGGAAUUUGAAUUAUUUUGGAGCUUUCCUCACCGAUUUGUUUGUGCUU